AUAAAGAAGUAACAACCACUGAUUAUUUUGUGUAAAUGUUGAGUCUAUGAGAAAAUCUGAUACACCAGUGAACAGCCAACACAUUUUGGUGCCGUUUGUACAGUGACAAUGACACAGUUAUGAGGCAGAAGAUCGGAAUCAAACAUAUGACUGUGACUGUGUUAUUCAUGCUGUAGCCCAGUCCACGCUGACACCUGAGCUCAGUUUCCAGAAGGGUCCCGAUGGUUCGAGUCACCGCCACAAACCGUCCGACCUCGGUGAAUAAAACAGGCGCACUCCGGCAUUACGCUCCAAAAUAAAAGCCUCUUACGCCAAUUAUUUAGUGUAAUAUCGUAAAAUAAGCACUAAAUGUGUUUACUGCCUUAGCUCGUGUAGUAAAUGAUCAACCAGUCACUAAGUUGAGAAACACAGCACUCCGUAAUAAAUGUGUAACUGUCACCGCUGAAGCUGAGCCGCUGUCGCCUCACUCUGACCUCUCCGGGCUCCUCACACGCAUGCACGCGCUCGAGACUCACAGCGUGACGUAUACCCUGGCGCCCGGUUAGCUAGCUUCUAAGCUAGUUAGCUAGUUGUUGUUGCUAGCCGCGUACAUCGUCAGUUAACGUCAGCUAACUAGCUAGUAACUAACGUUUUCUGACCUGGUGACUGUCGGCAGCGGUCAUGGACGACGAAAGCCAUCCCAAAACCCUAUAUGUGGGGAAUCUCUCCAGGGAUGUAACAGAAAUUCUGAUUCUGCAACUCUUCACCCAGAUCGGGCCUUGCAAAAGUUGUAAAAUGAUAACAGAGCACACAAGCAACGACCCAUACUGCUUUGUGGAGUUUUUUGAACACAGAGAUGCCGCUGCGGCCCUCGCAGCCAUGAAUGGACGGAAGAUAUUAGGAAAGGAGGUCAAAGUAAACUGGGCCACCACUCCAAGUAGCCAGAAGAAAGACACAUCCAAUCACUUCCAUGUUUUUGUGGGUGAUUUGAACCCUGAGAUUUCCACCGAGGAUGUCAAGGCUGCAUUUGCACCUUUUGGGAAAAUCUCGGAUGCCCGUGUUGUGAAGGACAUGACGACAGGCAAAUCAAAGGGGUAUGGAUUUGUGUCCUUCUACAACAAACUGGAUGCGGAGAAUGCCAUCAUUAACAUGGCCGGACAGUGGCUUGGAGGACGCCAAAUCAGGACUAACUGGGCAACACGUAAACCCCCGGCUCCUAAGAGUGCUCAGGACAAUGGUUCAAAGCAGCUGAGGUUUGAUGACGUCGUGACUCGGUCCAGUCCACAGAACUGCACUGUGUACUGCGGAGGGAUCCAGUCAGGACUAUCAGAACAUCUAAUGCGACAGACCUUCUCCCCAUUUGGUCAAAUAAUGGAAGUCAGGGUUUUCCCAGAGAAAGGCUAUUCCUUCAUCAGGUUCUCCUCCCAUGACAGUGCUGCCCAUGCCAUUGUGUCAGUAAAUGGCACAGCCAUUGAAGGACACAUAGUGAAGUGCUUCUGGGGCAAAGAAUCUCCUGACAUGGCAAAAAAUCCGCAGCAGGUAGAGAACUCCACUGACGUGACAAAAGUUGAGUACAAUCAGUGGGGGCAGUGGAACCAGGUCUACGGGAAUCCACAGCAGCAGCAGCAGCAGCAGCAGCAGCAGCAGCAGCAGUACGGGCAGUAUGUGACCAACGGGUGGCAAGUCCCGUCUUACAGCAUGUACGGCCAGACGUGGAACCAGCAAGGAUUUGGAGUGGAGCAGUCCCAGUCACCAGCCUGGGUGGGAGGCUUCGGAUCUCCAUCAGCCCAAGCUGCAGCCCCUCCUGGCACCGUCAUGUCCAACUUGGCCAAUUUCAGCAUGGCUGGCUACCAAACGCAGUGAGAAAGUCCUAACCUAAGUGUAACACCGAGGGGACACAGCACUCUUUCAUCUGGACAGCUGCUGUGAGAAAAGAAGGGCAGGGGCCAUAUUCACAAAGCCUUUGUAGCUGAUAGUUGCUCCUGAACAACCAGUUCAAUAAUUCUGUUUUAAAAGACAGUCCACUUUUUUCGAAGUUUAUUUGUUGAUAAUUCAUAAACCUGCUAUGAGAAGUGCUCUUGGGCUUUUGAAGUAAAGCCAAACCAACUUUCUUUUUCUCAAUAGAUGUUUAAGGAUAUACCAACCUUUUGAAUGUUUGGCCCGAUUAACCCUUACGUACAACGUGGCAAGAGUUACGUUUUGAUACCUCUCCUCUCAUCACACGUUGAGUAAGUUACCAAUGGGCCAAAGCAUCAAAAAGUCAGUGUGGUUUUUCAAAACUUAUUGCUACUCUCUCAGAUUCAAGACAUGAGGGGGGGAAAAAAAUGGAAAUCCCAAAUGCAUACACAACUUUUGUGGACCGAAAAGCACACUUACUAAAAGCCAUGGUGUUUCUCCAGCAGCUCACUGGAAUUUGACGAGGAUUAAAAUCCCCGGAAACCUCAAAUUUACUAACUUUGAAGUUGAAUUAUCAAACUAUAGCAAUAUCUACUCUCAGUUUGCCAAUGUUUUUUAGUAUUUUAAUGUUUAUUUACUGGUCAUACUUGGACAUUUUGUCAUUUUAUACAACUGAAGACAAACCUCCACUCAAGUCUUCAUACAUUGAUUAAGUUCAUUUUUAUAAUGUAGGUCACUUUUUAAAUAUGCAGACAGCGAUGACGGUGUUGUACAGAUCAAGCGGAUAUUGACGGUAAAGCUGUGCUACAAAAUGCACUCAGCCACAAGAAUGACCUGCAAAACCUUUGUCUGAACCUUCAGCUCAUAUAGUCUCUAGACAGUCAGUCCUAUUUUGAUAUAUCGAUGAGAAACGCUUUGUGAAUAGAGGCCCUGGAGCGGUAGUUUACCUUUCCAGUAUAUGUGACGAAACUAUUUGUAUAAACAACUGUGGCUUUAAAACGGAGGUUGAGGUGGGGAGGUGGUAUCUCCUGGAUAAAUUUUGUGUACAAAGAAAAUUUCGCCUACACAGCUCUAAAAGCAAAAAAACAAAAAAAGUAAUUAGUAGAAUUUUCAUGUUUUUGUAACGGAGUGAUAAGCAUGUCAUUUUGAUGGAUUGUAGUUUACACCUGACUGCAGCCGAGAUGGACGGAUUUAUAAUGUCAGGACAGGCUAUAGCACAUGCUCACUGUAUAAAGAAAGUAUUGUAAAAACUGCUUAACCCCCGAUCUUUGUAAAGGUAACAAACUGUGCCGAUUCUGGGGCUGGUUUCCUAGAGGAAUACUGAAUCUUAAAUAUUUUCUUCCUUCUUCCUCCUUGCUAACCUCAGUUAAUUUAUAGAAAUUUCUUUCUGAUCAAUAGGAAGAUAUUUUUUUGGUUGUUGUUGCGUAAAAACCUUAGAAUGAAUUUUGUACCAAAACCAGCCCCUAAUGACAUUGCAUCAUGUUUUACAUAAAUGUAAAACGUUCUACAUUAGUGGCCCACUCGCAUGAAGACAACCUGUCCAGUGUUUAGGCUUAUUGUAUUCGGGGCUAGUUUUAUUUUAUGUUUAUUUUGGAUUUAUUGAAAGCAGGUGUGUCAAGACAGCAAAGGCUUUUUCUGCCCCUCAGAACAUUCUUUCUAUUUGUGGAGUAUUUCCACAUAUCCCAGGUAAAUUAUUUAAAAGAAAAACAUCCCCUGACAAGAGGAUUCCUCACGGACAUCCUGCCAUUUGGAUCUUAUUUGUCUACGUGCCAUUCUGUACAGCGUAUUACUCCUCGUAAGCUCGCUCUCCUUUCUGUUGUACGAGCCAACAGACUUGAUAAUCUUUUUGGUUUUAUUUGAGCUGAAGGGGGGCUUCAUGAAAUAAUACAGGGUCACGUUUGUUGAGAGUGUAAAUAUAAACCUUGAUUACAAACCUUGAUGAAACUUAAAAUAAUGUACAUACUGUAGGUAGAAAUUAAAUUCCGUCAUUCAAUUUCAGCAAUAUAAUUUAUAAAUAAGCCUUAAUUGAUUUGUUAGUAAAUUCCGACUUUGUGUUAUUUAAACAAGCUCCAUUACAGAUCAUCGAAAUUCUUUUCCACUGGAUUUUUAUUUUCCCCUCAUCUUUCGGGUUUUGUGUGCCAUUUUCAGGAUGUAGCAGGAAGCAGGUGAUGUAUCAGCUUGAACUGCACGCUUACGACAUGUAAUAUAUUUGUUGCUUAAAAUAUUGAAUGUAAUGGCAGUUUGCUUUUAUGACAACAAUACAUAUAAGUUGUACAACUGAAGUGAUGUUUAAUAAAUAAAGGGUGAAAUCAAUUUUUCCAUUUGACGGAAAACCUCAGUGAGUCACUUCAAAUAAAGAAACAUUUGAACCUCA